AGGCACUGUAAGGACCAAAAGGAAAUGAAUUACUGUUCUUGCUCAUACUCGGCUGAUGGUAGCAACGAAUGAAGCUCUGUUUUUUGUGAUACGGAGACGAAGGGCUCUGAAGAAAAGGGUUUGUUCACUGACUGAUACUCUUGUUGUGUGCUCAAUGAUCCUUAAUGCAGUGCGAGUUUUCGCUCUCGUAUGAUGGUGGGAAGACGUUUCGUCUGAUCGGUCGAUAUACAAAGUCAUGUCCCGAUGCGUACUACGAAUGGCCCGUCAAGAUUCCCAGUAACGUACCCUCCUGCACGAAGAAGAACCAAUGUCUCUUUGUCUGGUCAUGGGUCGCGAGUAUCCUACCUCAGUAUUAUCAAAACUGUGCUGAUGUAUCGAUCGAAGGUGUUGACGGGGGCAAGCUGCCAUCCAGGAGUAUCCAGAUGGUAGAUUUCCCUGGCCAUCCUCAGCGUGUCACUGCACCAGGUGACGGCGCUGGCGAGAACAUGGGCAAGGGUCCAAAUCCGAGUGAGGUUGAGGCAAACCUACAUGACACCUAGAACUAGGCAGGCAUGACGGAGGGAGGCGAAUGGGGGCGUAAUCAGUAGGUUAAUCUUAGCCCUAUUUUAGGUCGAUGGUGGUUGACAAUCUACGUCGGCGCUGGGGUAUACGCUUGGGGCAGUUCAUCCGUGGUGUGUUUAUGAUGAUCAUUGCAUGGCAUCAUAACCGUAUUUAU